GUCACAGCCGCCGCCAUGUCGCGGUGUUGUUUGCGUGCCGGCUCGGGAACGAUGUUGUUGUUUUUGUUGUGUUGGGGGUCUUUUCGGUGGACGGUUGUCGCGGCGGAGGUCGCGGAGGAGGUGGGCAGCUGCCAUAACCUGAGACUCGGACAGUAUUUGUGUCAGGAUCCCAAGAUCGACGAGGUGACUCAGGAGCCCCAAAACUGCCGAGACGCCCGCGCCUGGGUGGAGUGUCUCCCGGCUCCAAACGUCACCUGUCGCCUGUCCAACGGGACGCAAUUCCACUUCAGCGGGAAGGAGGUGGGCUUCAAUCGCAGCAUUCCCUGCCGGAACGUGAGCGGCUACUCGUACAAGGUGGCGGUGGCGUCGUCGCUCUUCCUGGGCUGGCUGGGCGCCGACCGCUUCUACCUGGGCUACCCUGCGCUCGGUGUGCUGAAGUUCUGCACGGUGGGCUUCUGCGGCAUCGGCACGCUGGUGGACUUCAUCCUGGUGGCCAUGCAGAUGGUGGGCCCGUCGGACGGCUCCGACUACAUCGUGGACCACUACGGCGCCCGCCUCAGCCGCCUGGCCGUCACCGAGCACACGUACAGGAAGCCGCACCUGGCCCAGUGACCCGGCCCAAAGCCUCCGAGUGGGAAGGGCCAGAGCAAACGGGACGUCGCGCCCACCCGCCGUCGGGGACGGACUUAGUACGGCGCUAGCGGACAAAGACGGCGGCCAGCUGCCUGGUGAAAUCCCGGACCGCCGUGCGGGACCAUGAGCCGCGCGACACGGUCGCCGCGGUUUAUUUGGCCGCUCUGGCGGCGCCGUCCGGCCGUCGCGGUCGACCAGGUCGGUGCCAUGUCCCGUUUGCUCUGGCGCUUGAGAAGAGAGCUCUCAUCGCGGAGGAGCUUUCUUUUUCUCGGCGUGACUCGGCACGGGAAGGCCGCCGUCGGGAUCCGACCCCCGCAUCUCUGCCCUUUGGCACUUCAUUGACGUAGAAUUUGAGAAUGAAAAUUAUUUUUCACCGUUUCGCACUCGUCCGCAUUUUUUUUCUUCAAUUAAUUACAGCAGAUAGAAUUGCUCAAUGCAUGUGUUUCAAAUGGACUUCAUUUUUCCUGCUGCAUUUUUUUUACUUGAUUGAUUUCUGCCA